AUGGCUGAUUCAUCUGCUCCACCUCCUCCCGGUUCGAGGGCAAUCAAGAUCCCCGUGCACGUCAACAAGAUGUCCGAAUAUUCAACGCCUAACUCACUCCGACGUAGCGAACGCUAUCUCAAGAAUGCCGAACGAGCCGAAGUAUCAGAUGCUGGUCCAUCCUCGCUAGGCUCUGACCAAGAAUCUCCCUGGUCCUACAGCCCUGUUCCAGGCCGGCCGCAAGAUCGCCUGCAGACUGUAGCUUCUCCAUCGACACAAGACCGCCAGUUCCCGGCAGCAUCGAACCCGGCAGAUGAAUCAAAUACGUCCCAACGAAAAGACAAGCACAAAGCUGGCUUCCCUCCUCCUGACAGCAUGUCUACGCUAUUCAGCCCCUCCUCGUCUCCGCUCGGUCCUUGCAUGCUAUCUUCAAGCUCCUACAAGUCUAUCAACCUCAACUCACAUCACGAUGACCCCGAUGAACCUCCCAGGUUGAUCACAUACACCAAACACAGUCAAGGGUUUACGUGGAAUGAUGAGCUAUUCCUCCCGAGCUACAUGCUGGGACGGUAUGGACCGCGGGGAAGAAAGAAGCAAUAUGAUGGAGACUUCGGAGAUGAGGACCAAUGUCCUGUGGCAGAGAUCUUUGUGACUGAUGAGGAGGCCGAGGCUAUGAUGCCAUGA